GUUUUUUCUAUUUACCGUUGGUUUUCAUUUUGCGGCAUACAUUCUAAACAUUUUAUUCUACAAAUCGGUUUCUCAGCUUUGCAAGUUAAAAUGAAUGUUCCAAUUACCGCUGUGGGAUCUGAAACCGAGUUGCUCCAAUGUCCUUACGAGGUAUCGCAUUUGAUAAUGCGUAAACGUAUGCAAGUCCAUUUAAUACGAUGCCGAAAGUCUCAUCCUAAGGCUGAAGUCGUAACGUGUCCAUUUAAUGUUACACAUCGAGUGAAUAAAGUCGAAUUGGAGUGGCAUCUAUCAACUUGUUUUGAAAGAAAAACAUUUGAAAGUUUUAGAAAUCGUCCUGCUGCUGUUGUGGGAUUGUCAUCAUCAAUUGAUCGAACUUUCUGUGUAAAUAAUGACACCAAUUCUAGUGUAUCGUUCGAUACUGCAAAUGAUGUUACCAUAGUUGGCGCUGAAUUUGUAGAGUCAUCCGAAACGUGGGACGAUGACCCAGAAGUUCCCAGUUAUAAUCCUUUGGAAUAUAUCACCAAAUCUGAUGUUCUACGUAUUCCAGUGGGUUUGUCCCCAUCUGAGCGUUCUGCUUUUCGCUUGGCCGAACGUAAGCGUUUGCAAUCCCUGAAGUGAUGUUUUUAAUCAGUAUAUUUUGAUCAAGUACCAGUGUUAUACUUCAAUCAUUGUCGUUUUACUAUAAUAUUAAUUUAAUGGAGUUAAAUUUUGUUUAAGUUAACGUUUAAAUAGUUGUGUACUUUAAACUUGAUUGAAUUAGUUUUUUUUAUUUAAUUAAAACAACCAAUAUU